CGAACACCUUCUCCCACUCACUCGAGCCGCGACCGCAGCCGCCGACGCCCCCUCCGCUUGCCACCAAAAACCCUAGCCAUCCCCGGUCGCAUCGCCGCCGCCCGCCCGCCCGCGGACGAUGCCUCCCAAGGCGAAGAAGGACGCCGCGCCGGCCGAGCGCCCCAUCCUCGGCCGCUUCUCCUCUCACCUCAAGAUCGGGAUCGUUGGGUUGCCGAAUGUUGGCAAAUCAACUUUCUUCAACAUAGUAACAAAGCUCGCAAUCCCAGCUGAGAACUUCCCUUUCUGUACCAUUGAACCAAAUGAGGCACGUGUGAAUGUUCCAGAUGAGCGAUUUGACUGGCUUUGCCAACUUUACAAGCCAAAGAGUGAGGUGCCUGCAUAUCUGGAAAUAACUGACAUAGCUGGGCUUAUUAGAGGUGCUCAUGCAGGGGAUGGUUUGGGCAAUGCGUUCCUGUCCCAUAUACGUGCUGUUGAUGGAAUCUUUCAUGUCCUGAGGGCAUUUGAAGACUCAGAAAUUACUCACGUUGAUGACACAGUAGAUCCUGUUAGAGAUAUGGAAACUAUUAGUGAAGAGCUCAGACUAAAGGAUAUAGAUUUCAUGAAUAAGAAAAUUGAGGAUCUUGAGAAGUCAAUGAAGAGGAGCAAUGAUAAGCAGCUCAAAGUUGAACAUGAAUUAUGUGAGAGGGUCAUAAAACAUCUCCAGGAUGGGAAAGAUAUCCGCUUAGGCGAUUGGAAAGCUGCUGACAUUGAGAUCUUGAAUACCUUCCAGCUACUUACCGCAAAGCCAGUUGUCUACUUGGUGAAUAUGAGUGAGAAGGACUUCCAGAGGAAAAAGAACAAGUUUCUACCCAAGAUACAUGCUUGGGUGCAGGAACAUGGUGGUGAAACCAUACUUCCUUUCAGCUGUGCUUUUGAACAAAAACUAGUGGAUAUGCCAGAAGAUGAAGCUGCCAAAUAUUGUGCUGAAAAUCAACUAACAAGCAUGAUCCCAAAAAUUAUCAAGACUGGUUUUGCAGCAAUUCAUCUGAUAUACUUUUUCACUGCUGGUCCUGAUGAGGUCAAGUGUUGGCAGAUCAGACGUCAAACUAAGGCCCCUCAAGCUGCUGGUGCAAUUCACACCGAUUUCGAAAGGGGCUUCAUAUGUGCUGAGGUCAUGAAGUUUGAUGAUCUGAAAGAGUUGGGCAGUGAAUCUGCUGUCAAGGCUGCUGGAAAAUACAAGCAGGAGGGGAAGACUUACGUGGUGCAGGACGGCGACAUUAUCUUCUUCAAGUUCAACGUUUCUGGUGGUGGGAAGAAGUGAAAACGUCAGGAGAUGAUAGUGUUUGAUAGUGUGUUACAUCUUACCCUGGAUUCCUACAUUUUUGAGGCCACUAGCCAGUAGCCAGGUACCAGAGUGCAAGUUUAAGAUUGUACAAUGAGGCUUUAAACAGUUGGAAAGAUUGUAUUAAAUAACAUGUACGGUUGUAUAUCACGAGGAGCUCGCUGUUGCCGAGUCGUCUGCGUGCCAGGAAACUUGGAAACAGUGGAGCUGUGUUGUUGGGCUUUGCAUUGAGUAACCUGGUAUGCGGCAAA